AUGAGCGAAGAAGAAAUAAAGAAAUGGAGAUCCAUCCAAGGAGCAUACAAGGGACACUGCACCCAAGACUUCAAAAGAGCGAAAAAACUAAUAACUUCGGAGACUCCAGAUCAAGCAGACUUGGAGGCGCUGGUAGACAGGCUCACGCGAAGAGCCGAAGAAAUAGCACGCAUGGAUGCCAAAAUCGUGAUGUCCUUGGAGACAGAAGAGGACAUACAACUAGACACAGAAACGGCGCUGUCGUUCCAAGACGACAUAUCAUACUGGCAAUUCAAAAUCGGACGACUCCUUAAGAGCAAACAAGACACGCCG